AUGUGGAAUGUUAUUCAGUUAUUGACUAGAUUGGUAGCCGCUCAGGCUCGGCAUCAGGGAGUUGUUGUUGAUCAGGCAAACCGAGCUAUUAGUGUGAGGGUCCAAGAUUUUCUUGGUUUAGAUCCCCCAGAAUUCUCUGGGUUGAGGCAGAAUAUGGACCCCCAAGACUUUGUUGAUGGUAUGGAGAGGACUCUGAGGGUCAUGCAUGCCAACGAGAUCGAGUCAGUAGAGUUGGCUUAUUACAGGCUUCGUGAUAUCGUGAGAACGGAGCUUGAGUGUGAUCGGGGACAUGGUAAGAGGGAUAGAUCUUUAGAUAUUGCUAGUGAGCUCAAAGGAGGCCAAAGACAGCAGUAUUCCCGGUAUCCAUCCCAUUCAGCGGUGAGUGCGCCUUCGCGGUUUUUAGGUCAGAGAUUUGAUCGACCUUCUUAUUUCGAAGUGAGCCAGAGUUAUAGAUCUUUGGGUGCUCCGUAUAGACAGGAGUCAGGCCAGAUGAGACCACCCUUUCCGCGGUGUGCCCAGUGUGGUAGAUUACAUGCUGGACAGUGUCGAUUGGGAUCAGGUGCUUGCUAUGCUUGUGGCCAGGCAGGUCAUGUGAUAAGGGAGUGUCCAUCAAGGGGUGGUGUCGGUAUAGUUCAACCUAUAGGGUUCAUAGCUAGUUCUUCUUCAUCUGUACGCCCAUCAGGGCAAGGUUCUCAGACACUAGCAGGACGUGGUAGAGGAAGGGGUGGAGCAUCUAGUUCGAGCGAUCCUCAGAAGUGCAUUUACGCAUUAGCUAGUAGAUAG